GCAUCGCUUCUGACCAGAAGAAGAUCCCGGAAGAAACAAGAUCGGUUGUACGAGAGACUAGCUAGCUAGCACAACAAAGUGGGGGUCAGAUAUAUAGUAGAGCGUUGUGAAGCAGCAGCUCGAUCGAUCGUGCAUACACGGAUCGAAGUGCUUGGCUCAAUCGAGCUAGCAUAGUGUCAAUGGAGGCGCUGAGCGGGCGGGUGGGAGUGAAGUGCGGGCGGUGGAACCCGACGGCGGAGCAGGUGAAGGUGCUGACGGAGCUGUUCCGGGCGGGGCUGCGGACGCCGAGCACGGAGCAGAUCCAGCGGAUUUCCACCCACCUCAGCGCCUUGGGCAAGGUGGAGAGCAAGAACGUCUUCUACUGGUUCCAGAACCACAAGGCCCGCGAGCGCCACCACCACAAGAAGCGCCGCCGCGUCGCCUCCCCCUCCUGCUCCCCCGACAGCAGCAGCAACGAGGAAGAGACCGGCCGUGCCGCCGAGCCAGCCGACCUCCUGCUCCAGCCCCCCGAGAGCAAGCGGGAGGCCAGAAGCUACAACCACCAUCCCCGGAUCAUGACAUGCUAUGUGAGGGAGGUGGCGGAGCAGGAGGAGGCGACGACGUGGGAGCGGCCGACGAGGGAGGUGGAGACGCUCGAGCUGUUCCCGCUCAAAGCAGCCUACGACCUGGAGCUGGAGGCGGACAGGUUCAGCCGGUACGUGAGGGGCGGCGAGCAGCAGUGCAGGGAGAUCUCCUUCUUCGACGUGGACACAGGACGGGAUCCGCCGCUGGAGCUCAGGCUCUGCAGCUUCGAUCGGUAUCUAGUCUAGAAGAUCAACGACGCACGCACGCACUCAUGCAUGUAGCAGCUGCUUGUAUCACCUGUCUACCUGACCAUGGAUGUCACACACGCAUCGAUAUCAUUGCCUAGUUCUUGAUUCUGGCUAUCCGCAUCAAAAGCUGUACCGGAAGGGAUACGCCAUCUGUUGUAGACGCAAGAGGCACGAGCGUAGCGUAGUACGUAGUUGCAGGCAGAAUCUGAGAGGAUCAGAAAAGAGCUCGCACAGAUUUCCACCCCGUUUUCGUUGAUAUUUUCACCAUGAGAA